ACAUUUCUGUGCAUGGAUGCCACUGGGUGCAGGCUCCAGCUUUGGCUGUCCUCGCAAUGAACUGUGAGUGUCUACAAUAUGUUGACUUGACAAGCUGCUGGGAACUUGAUGAUGAAACUAUCUUGGUAUUAAUAAUAUCUCAUCCUGGACUGAAAUAUCUUUCUUUAGCAAAAAUAUAUGGCAUAACAAAUGUUGUAAUCGACAUGCUGGCAAGAACUUGUUCUGCUUUUGAACAUCUUAAUAUUCAGGGUUGUUGGAGGAUUACAAAUUCAGUCAUACGAUUACUAGGCGAUUGUUGCCCCAAAUUACGUAAACUAGAAGUUUCAGAUUGCCGUGAUAUAAAUGAAGCCAGCUUAGCUCGAUUACGAGUGAAGGGAAUUGAUAUUGAUGUGAGAGCGCCUCCUGGAGGUAGAGAACCACACCCAGCUGUCUUGCCAUAUCCAGCAUUGUUCCAUCAGAUAUAAAAAACAUGGGCUGAUAACUUCACAAUAGCAGUGCUAACAAAUUUGUACAUUUGUCAAAAUAUAUGUGGCUAUCAAUAAAGUUUACAAUCAAGUCUUUUAA